AUGUCUUAUACAAGGACUUGUAUUUCUGGGCUCUUUCUUUUGUUCCUAACUCUCACAUGUGAAGCGAAUUCGGGUUUUGAACUCAAUUGAUCCCCUUUUCUAUUUAAUGGUUUCAAUUCCUAUUGGUUGAUGCAUGUUGCUGCCGAGUCUACUGAGAGGUAAAAGGUCACUGAGGUUCUUAAAGAUGCUUCUGCUGCUGGCCUUUCUGUUUGUCGCGCCUGGGCUUUCAGUGAUGGAGGUGACAGGGCAUUACAAAUAUCACCUGGCGUUUAUGAUGAACAUAAUCGUGUUUUUCAGGGCUUGGAUUUUGUGAUCUCGGAAGCUAAGAAAUAUGGUGUUCGCUUAAUCUUGAGCUUUGUAAACCAAUGGAAUGACUUUGGAGGAAAAGCUCAAUAUAUUCAGUGGGCACGGAAUGCAGGAGCUUAUAUUAGUAAUGACGAUGAUUUCUAUACUCAUCCCUUGCUAAAAAAAUACUACAAGAAUCACAUUGAGAAAGUGAUUACAAGGUUGAAUAGCAUUACUAGAGUUGCUUACAAAGAUGACCCAACAAUCAUGGCAUGGGAACUCAUGAAUGAGCCACGUGACCAAGCUGACUAUUCAGGAAAAACUGUUAAUGCUUGGGUUCAAGAAAUGGCAAGUUUUGUGAAGUCACUAGACAACAAACACUUAUUGGAGGUUGGAAUGGAGGGAUUUUAUGGUGAUUCAAUUCCUGAAAGGAAAUCGGUUAAUCCUGGUUAUCAAGUUGGAACAGAUUAUAUAAGUAACCAUCUUAUCAAUGAGAUUGAUUUUGCCACUAUCCAUGCAUACACUGACCAAUGGUUGUCCGGACAAAGUGACGAUGCACAAUUUGCGUGGAUGGAAAGGUGGAUAACAAACCAUUGGCAAGAUGCAAGAACCAUAUUAAAGAAACCUCUAGUGCUUGCUGAAUUCGGAAAGUCUAGCAGAGGUCAAGGAUCAAGAGACACAUUCAUGAGUAAUGUGUAUAGGAAUGUGUACAAUUUGGCAAAAGAAGGGGGAACCAUGGCAGGAAGCUUAGUAUGGCAACUCAUGGCACAUGGAAUGGAGAAUUAUGAUGAUGGUUAUUGCAUUGUUUUGGGCCAAAAUCCUUCAACUACACAAAUAAUUUCUGACCAAGCUCAUGUCAUGGCGUCGUUGGCUCAAUCUUUCAAUCAACCACAUUGAGGGAAGGCAUGAAGUUCACUAUUAUGGAAGGAAAAAAAGAAAAUAUGUUCCAUAAAUAGGUUAUUUGACUCUAUCGUUUUCCUGAUUCUACAACAAUCAAUUUAUAA